CUUUCGCCGCCGGACGCCGCCGAGGUCGCACGCGUGAGGUCUGUCCCCCGCAGCCGACAUGCGCUACGUCGCCUCUUACCUGCUGGCCGCCCUCGGGGGCAACUCCUCUCCUAGCGCCAAAGACAUCAAGAAAAUACUAGACAGCGUGGGCAUCGAAGCGGACGAUGAUCGGCUCAACAAGGUCAUCAGUGAGCUGAAUGGAAAGAACAUUGAGGAUGUCAUCGCUCAGGGUGUUGGCAAGCUGGCCAGUGUGCCUGCUGGUGGGGCUGUGGCUGUUUCUGCUGCCCCUGGCUCUGCAGCACCUGCUGCUGGUUCUGCCCCCGCUGCAGCAGAGGAGAAGAAAGAUGAGAAGAAGGAGGAGUCCGAGGAGUCGGAUGACGACAUGGGAUUUGGCUUGUUUGAUUAAAUUCCUGCUCCCCUGCAAAUAAAGUCUUUUUAUGUAUCUUGAGUGGCCUUU